AUGAAAGUUCUCAUUUGGAACGUCCGAGGCCUGCUCUCCUCGUGUCGCAGGCUUAGGCAAAUGAUCAGAUGCGAGGGUCUUGGCUUGAUUGCAGUGAUCGAGCCUUUCCUUUCUCCUAACCAGAUUGAAGUUUUUGCAUGCAAGUUAAAUCUUCAAUUCUGCUUUGCUUCUACAAACUGUAAGAUUUGGCUUUUUUGGUCUGGUGACUACUCUGUGAACAUAAUGGCGGAUAUAGAUCAGUUCGUUCAUUGCAAUAUUUCAAACAUGCAUUUAAAUUUUGAAUUUGAUUUUGUGGCGGUCUAUGCUAAACACACUAGAGCCGAGCGACAAACACUUUGGUCACAGCUCAGUAUCCUAACUGCCAACUUGGGGCCUGUCUUGAUAGGAGGUGACUUCAACUCCAUCUCUUCAGUUGCAGAAUACCGUGGUAAUGCAAUACCAGAUUUAGGCGGAAUCACAGACUUCUCCAACUUUAUUGUUGAACAAUCGUUAAUCGACACUGUGCCAACAGGAGGACUUUACACAUGGUCGGGAGUGAGAAGCACAGGUAGAGUUUGGAAACGCCUAGACAGAUUUCUAAUGACAACUGCCUUUCGUGAUUUUUUCACAGAUGCUAGAGUCGAGUUAAAGAGCAGAGCGACCUCAGACCACUCACCGAUCAUUCUGACGGCUACCAAUUCUAGUAUGACUGCACCCAAGCAAUACCGGUUCCAAAAUAUGUGGAUAUCACACCCUGGUUUCCAAGAGUUGGUGUCUACCAACUGGAUACAACCGGCUGAUGGAGGAGGUAUGAGGGCCCUAAGUUACAAACUAAAACGGCUCAAGCAAGCUCUGUGCAUUUGGAACAAAGAAGUAUUUGGCAAUAUUUUUGAUAAAGUGAAAAGCCUAGAGCGAUCAGUUACUGAAGCUGAACAACAAUUUGAUGACAAUCCAAAUGAGACGAACCGGGAAAUUCUAAGCAAAGAACAAGCAUUACUGCAACAGGCUCUUAAACAGGAGGAAUGUUUCUGGAAACAAAAGGCCCGCAUAAAGUGGCUGCGCGAAGGAGAUGCUAACACAAAAUUUUUCCAUGAAACGGUAAAGGACAGACAUCGAAGACAACGGAUCAGCUCAAUAAAAAACAAUGAAGGUACCUUACUAACGAGCCAGUUGGAUAUCCAAACUGAGGCAGUUAAUUUUUUUGCUAAUCUCUACACUGCUGAAGAGUGUUCUGGCUAUGAAAUGGCUUUGGAAACAAUUUCAAAUGCUUUAUCAGAUGACGAUAUCAAAAUGCUCACCUCAACUGUCUCGCGCCAAGAAGUAAAAGAAGCAGUGUGGGACCUUGACCCAGAUAGUGCGGCCGGCCCAGAUGGGUUCUCAGGAUCUUUCUAUAGGAGCUGUUGGGACACAAUACACAAUGAUGUAUAUAUGGCGGUUUUGGAUUUCUUUGUGGGAGUCCCGGUUCCAAAAGGGAUCGCAAGUGCUCAAAUUGUUCUAAUCCCCAAGAAACAAAAUCCAGUUUCCUUUGCUGAUUUCAGACCCAUAUGUUUGUGCUCCUUUGCGAGUAAGAUUUUCACAAGAAUCACAACCUCACGUCUCCGGCAAAUACUCCCAAAGCUCAUAUCACGAGAACAAACAGGUUUUGUUGAGAGUCGAAAUAUCCAAGAUAAUGUGCUUUUGGCCUUUGAGCUGAUACAAUACUUAGAUAAACGAUGUCGCGGCUCAAAUGUUGCAAUCAAAUUGGAUAUGAUGAAGGCCUUUGAUCGAGUAGAUUGGCCUUUUCUACAGAAACUGCUUACCAAGUUUGGCUUUCCAGAGACCUUUGUUCGUUUAAUAAUGAACAACUUAUCUUCCACGAGGCUAUCAAUUAUGGUAAACGGCAUCAGUUGUGGAUAUUUCCAACCAACUCGAGGUGUAAAGCAAGGAGAUCCUCUAUCUCCCAUAUUGUUUAUUCUGAUUUCGGAGGUUUUAUCCCGCAUGCUAAUCCACAACAUUGGAACUGGCUUAAUCUCUCCAUAUGCAACAUCUUUGGGCUGCCCAACAAUCACCCACCUAGCCUUUGCGGACGACAUUAUUAUCUUUGUGAAUGGGGGGCUUACUUCUCUAAAAAGGUUAUCCAACGUGCUUAAGUCAUACCAAAAAGCAUCAGGCCAGCGCAUAAAUUAUCACAAGAGUUUUUUUGUCGCAUCCAAACGUUGCCCAACUCAACGCAUUAAUGCGAUGGAACGAGCUCUUCAGAUGCGCCACUCGAAACUGCCGUUCAAAUAUCUUGGAAUUAACUUGUUCCGGGGCAGAAACAGAGUGAUCCACCACCAUCAUAUUCUUGAGUCCAUUGAUAGGAAAUUGUUAGGAUGGCAGCGCCAGCUCCUAUCUCCAGGUGGUCGUUUAACUCUAAUCAAACACGUGCUAGCUGCAAUUCCGCUUUACUCAAUGGCAGUCGUCCAACUCCCCAAGCAAAUAAUUAAAGACAUUGAGCAGCGAAUAGCACGUUUUUUCUGGGGGUUCAAUAAUGGCAAACCAAAACACCAUUGGGCUUCUUGGAAAAAACUAUGUUAUCCGGUUGAGGAGGGAGGCCUGGGGCUUCGAUCUUUGAUGGUGACCCAACUUGCAAAUGCAGCUCACUUAUGGUAUAAAUUUCGCACUGGCUCAUCUAUAUGGACAGACUACAUGCGGAUUAAAUAUCAUAAUGAGCAGCGCCACCCUACAAGUUCACAUGUUUGGAAAAGGAUGAUGGAGGUUUCAGAGAUGGUGGAAGAACAUCUGCUUGCUACAGAUGAUAAAAUCAUUUGGACCCUCUCCUCGACUGGGGAAUUCACAACGCACACAGCAUAUGACCUCUUCCGACCAAAGACAGGAGUUACAUUGUCUUCAAAAUGCAUUUGGAUGAAGCCUCUUCCGGCUAAAAUCUCUAUUUUCAUGUGGAAGACCCUUCGCAGGCUACUACCCUUUCCCGACUGCUUGGAACGUUUUGGCAUAAAUCUACCAUCAGUCUGCCCCUUCUGUUGGAAUGCCACUGCAACAAUGGAACAUUGCUUAUUUAGCUGCAGCAAGGUAGCGCUGGUCUGGUCCUAUUUGGCUGCAAUUUUUGAUGUUAAUUGCUCAAAUGUUUCUACCAUACGAGCUGCAUGUCACUCCUGGUGGUUAGCUUCAUCAACAACAUCUAUUUCAAGAAUCAUAAUUAAUCUAAUGCCUUCAAUCAUCCUUUGGAAAAUUUGGUGCUCUUAUAAUGCAGCUAUCUAUGAAGAAACCUCUUUUUCCCCAGGUGUACUGAUUAAUAUGGUUAAACGAGAAUUCCUUCUGCUUUCUAUUGCAAAACCGAUGCGCUCAAAUGAUGUUUCUGACCUUCUCCUAAUCCGCGAAGGUUUUGCCGCUUUUUUCUCCCCUCCAAAGCGUCGCAUCACGGCCUGGAUCAAAUGGUUCAAACCCCCAUCGGGUCGUCUUAAACUUAACACGGAUGCCACCUUUUCUAGCUUUGGAGCCGUAGGUGGCGCUUGCAUAAGAGAUUCAGCGGGGCAUCUUGUGACAGCUCUCUCUUUCCCGUUAGAUGCCUCAUCCGCUCAGGAAGCCGAAGUCCUUGCCCUUCACUUUGCUUUAACUUGGUGUGCCUCAGCAGCCAAAUUCCCCACAUUCGUCGAGGUAGAUUCCUCCAACUUAGUUAGUUAUGUUCAAUCUGACUUGCUGAAUAUUCCUUGGAAAAUAAAAAAUGCGAUCAGCCAGAUAAGAAAUUUGCUUUUAUCUUGGUCAGCAUCCCUGUCUCAUAUUUACCGGGAGGCAAACAAAGUGGCUGACGCUCUUGCUCUCUUUGGUAUUAGCCGAUCUUAUCCUUCAAUAUAUUUUGACUUCUUCACCUUGCCGGCUCAAGUGCAAGAUGUUUUUUUGUAUGACUUUAGAGGCUUUACUACCUCUCGUUUGAUUAAUCAAUGA